AUGGGUGAUCUCGGCAGCACGCACUGCUGCGACUCGAUCGCGUUCGAGCUCAUCGGCACAGACGCCUUCCACUUCCGCGAUUCCAAUUCCCGAGCCUCCCUCAGCCUCAAGGAGCUGCGGCUCAGCGGUGAGAACUGCGAGUUCUGCGCUGGUUUGGCGAAGCUGAUCGACUACCGAUCCAAGCAGCCUGCAACGUGGGCAGACAACUAUCGCAACCCUCAACGACGUGAUGGAGAACGGGCGAUGCCAAUGGAGGAGGAGAUGAAGGAUGCCCACGUCCAAAUCUCCGUCCAUGGCAUCAAAGAGGCCCGCAACUGGUCUUUCGGCUUCGAAGGCACCAGCCACCGUACAGUGCUGGAUGUCUGGGUGAUAAUCGGCGGCCCAUCCAACUUCUACUUUGAAAUGCUGCUCCAGCGAGCCGGGCCUGGAGGGCGCGUUCCCGUCACGCACAAAUCAGAGGCCGAGUACGGCCAGGAUACCAUCACCUACGAGGCCCCUGGUGGAUGGAGGGUCGGGAGUGUCGACGAUGACGGGCCUCGGCCAGCAACGCAAGUAGCAAGUCUGGAGACUGCGCUCGGGCGCUCAAGGCCACUCGAAGUUGAUUACACCAUGCUACGGGGGUGGCUGGAUUUGUGCCUUUCGCAUGAAGAUCACGAUCUCUGUCAACAAGACAACGGGGGAAUCCAUGUUCCGGGUUUUAGACUGGUGGAUGUCGAGAAUAUGUGCAUAUGGGACGCGGAUGGACAUGCUCCCCCGUUCGCGACUCUGAGCUAUGUAUGGGGUGCAGAGCCGUUCUUGCGUCUCGUGAAGGACAAUUUAGAAACCCUGAUGACACCAGGGAGCUUGCGCAACGCAUCGCUGCCUCUAACUAUUAGCGACGCGAUUGAGGUUUGUCGCAAUCUGCAGAUACGGUACAUCUGGAUCGACAGUCUGUGUAUCAUCCAAGACGAUGAAUCCGACAUGCUCGCAACAAUUGACAGAAUGGAUUCCAUUUAUCGACAGAGCGUUGUGACCAUUGUUGCAGCCGCCGGCGUCAACGCCCAUGCAGGUAUCCCCGGCGUUCGCCCAGGAACAAAAACCCUGGUCCAGCAACAGCUCGAGGUCCGAGGAGUUCCGUUGAUCGACUCUGUAGAUCACCGGCAGCUACGGAGUCAGACCUCGUACCAGGAACCUGAGUGGAUAUCCCGAACACCGUGGGCACAGCGUGCGUGGACGUUCCAAGAGGCCUUGGUGUCCAGAAGGAUUUUGUUCUUCACCGCAGAGCUGGUCUAUUGGAGCUGCCGUCAGGGCCUCCUAAGUGAGGAUACGGUCGAGUAUUUUGAGUCUCCAAAGACACGCCUGAGACUUGAUGACAAGUUUGACCCAUUAGAGUACCAGCAUAUCGCCACCACGUUCUCAAGACGCAGGUUGACGUUUGAGUCUGAUUUGGGCCGCGCCUAUCUAGGCACGCAAAAUUAUCUGGAUGCGAAAUGGGGUGGCCAGAUGUUCUCCUGGGGAUUACCUCACGGCGCGUUCGGCUCCUUUCUAAUGUGGGAGUGGGAUUUUGACCCGGCAAGGAGACAGAGGCAAGGGACACAUCCCAUCAAAGAAGCCAACGGGACUAUCGCGAGGGUUGCAUUCCCUACUUGGUCUUGGAUGGGGUGGAUGGAAGGUGGUCAGCUGAUUCACGUCUUCGGCGACGAGCCGGCCGCUCACAGCCCGUUGUUCUAUACCUUCGACAGAGCUUCGGAAUUGGUUGAGAUACAGGACGGGCAACAUUGGAGAAGCCGGCCUAAACCAAUUGCUGAUUUGUUAUUGGGUGAAUGUGCUGGUUCUGGCGAAGUUCCCCCAAGUCGAAAGACAGAACUUCUAGAAGCGGAUAUACCCCCAGAGUUAUCUGCAACUCCAUUUCUAAAACACAGAGCUCUCAUAUUCUAUUCGCAGACAGCUAAGCUUCGAUAUGAUUCUUCGGCUGGGUUCAAAGCCACAUCAUCGUUAAAUACGCCUUCUGGCCUUAGAAUGACGAGGCGGGAAUACCCAUUCCCUGUCAUGAUCGGAGAGAAUUUCUAUGAGAUCCUCGAGGAGAAUCAGAAAGAUGAGACCAAUCGUGAAAAUAACAAGGAAUCUUUGCGGGACAUCAAGCUCGUCGCCGUCUUUGGUGGGCAUAUGACAAAGCCGAGGAAGUUUCGCGGCAAAUUCAGGAUCUACAUUUGGCCGGUUAUUGAGACAAGUCCCGGUGUUUGGGUGCGAGCCUCUUACAUGAGUACUGUGGUUUUUCAGGACUUGUGGAAUAUCCUUCCGCGGAAGAAGUGGGAACUCAUCUCGAUCGUAUAG